UAGUACCGCCCACUUUGCCCUUGGGGAACAAAUCAGCAGCGAGGAAAUAAGGCGGUGUCGUGACGUUGCUUCAGAGCUAACCAAUCGGGUUCGAGCUUUCAAGACGGGGGUGGGGCUCUUCAGUUAACUUGGAGUAGCGUUGUUCGCAAACCGUACAAGGUGAAAACCAGUAAGAAAGUAUGUCUCCAGAGGAUGAACUCCAGAGUCCCCCCCUUGGUUUCAGCUCCAUCAGGGAGGAUGUUACUCUGAGCUGUGGAGAUCUAGCUAGCUCUCAUGAGCUGGGGAGAAGGAGCAGAGCACGCAGCAGUCUCCACACCAGAACCCCAGAGACUGACAUCAGCUGUCAUGGAGACUUUGUUGAUGGAAAAAGCCCUUUCCUGAAAAUACUGAUGGAUGCAGAAGCAGCUGCCAACUCUGCUGCCAUACAACUUGUGUCUUUUAAAGAUGCCAUGGAGGAUGAAUUUGCUGAUUCGAGACAGUCCGCUAAUGAUAAGCGCCGAAUUGCAAGGCAGAGAGGACUUUUGCUGGAGAAGUUGGAGGAUUUUAGACGAAUCAAUAAGUCUGUUCGACAGAAACUGAAACAGCUCCAAGAUUCAGAGACCAAUCGAGUUGAGUUUGACCACCAAAUUGACAUCUUAUUGAAGAAGAUCACACAGGCUGAGACUGAAAAUGAGCACUUAAAAAGAGAUUUGAGUGAGACAGAAAGGAAAGUUGAGGAGCUGAUGGAUCUGCGGAGAGAGGAGCAGGAGAACAUAAAGUCUGCAGUUCACAUGACCAAGUCUGUGGAGGCGACCCGUGCUCACCUGCAGGGGCAGCUGCGGAACAAGGAAGCCGAAAACAAUCGUCUGACUGUACAGCUACGGACUUUGGAGAGAACCAUAACGGAGCAAAAGAUGGAGAUUGAUGAUCUCAAAGGCUCCUUCACCUCUUUGACUGAGAAGGCGGCCCAGGACAAAGAAUCUCUCAAGAAAGCAACCCGAGCACAGAAACUGAGAGCUGAGAGAUUUGAAGCUGCUAUUGAGAAAUGCUAUGCGCAAAUGAAAGAGAAGGAUGCUCAGCUGGCCAGCGCCCGAUCAGAAAGAGACUCCAGGCGACGACAAAAGGAGCAGAUAACGGAUGAGACGAACAGACUUGUAGCUCAUAUAGAGUUGUUGCAAAGUCAAGUUUCAGACCUGACGGCGAGGCUGCGGAUGGAGAAGGACGAGCUCAGUGCAGCUAAUGAAACUGUGAUGCAACGUGUUGAAAAGCUCAGUGCUGAAAAUGGAGACCUCAGCGUCAAUAAUGCAGCGCUCAAGGCAUCUGUAGCUCAGUUGGAGCAGCAGCUGGCUGAUUGUGAGUCUGCCCUGGUGGAGGAGACGGUUGUGUCCCAGGAGAGGAAACUUCAGGCCGAACAGUUCCAAUAUCAGGUUGCAGAGCUUCAAGCUGAGAUUGAUGAUCUGAGGAUAAAAUAUAAAAACAUUUUAAAAGAGGUAGAGAAGACACGAGAUGGAAAAGAUACAGAAGUUGAGAAGGCGAGGCAGGAGCUGCAGGAGCGAGUGGAGGAACUGGAGCCUUACCCGGAGUUACUGAGUGCAGCUGAGCGGAGUCUCUUCGAGUGCCAGGAGAACCUGCGGCGCUCGGAGAGGAAGUGCUCAGAAAUGUCAGAGUCCAUUAGGCAACUGCAGGUCAAGAUGGAGAGUCAGGCAAAACUGCUCACAUCAUCUGUGGAGAUGAAAGAGUCCAUUCACAAGGCCAAUUUACAACUACAAGAGAAAAUGAAUUCUCUCCACAAGGAGAUGGAAAAGCUGCAGCAGGAGAACCUGGAGCUGGUACGGAGGCUCGCAGCUCAGGAGGAAGCGCUCGGCUACAGUAACCGGCAGCUGGAUCAGCGCUCGUCAGAGUGCCAGGCCCUCAGCCGGCAGCUGGAGGCAGCUUUAUCAGACGUGAAACAACAGGUCAACAAGGUAAAAGACCAGGCUGUUUCCAGAGACGAGACCCUCCAGACCAAAAUCCUCGAGCUGGAAGCUGAGAAGUGCAGACGGGAUAAUGAGCUGAGGCUUCUUCGCCAGAGCAAGCUCACUGCGGAGAAACAGUUUGAGGUGCGCCUGAAGGACCUGCAGCUCAGCCUGGACCAAUCAGAGAGCCACAAGCAAAGCAUACAGAACUACGUUGAUUUUCUCAAAAACUCUUAUAAAACCAUGUUUGAUGAGGGACUGCCAACAUCAAGUUUUGGAUCCUCAUAUUUUUUAAAAUGAUUAAGGAUUUAUAAGUUUGCAUUUUAAAAUUAUUUUCUUUCUUUCUUGGGUGAUAUUUAUAUGGUGUAUUUAAAAAUGAGAAUUUCUAUCACUUUUUUUUAGAGGAAGUGAAAGCUUAUAUUGAAAUAUUUUAGCUAUGUUUGGGUAUGUACUUUUACAUUUUGCUGACAAUCUGGGAUUUUUUUUCUAGGUAUCGGGGAAAUCUGCUGCAGUUUUGAUACCUGUUUUCAGUCUCAAGAGACGUUACAUGAUAUUUUCACGUGUAUGCAAAUUUGUGAACUCUUGGUGCUACUGUAUCUUAUUUCCAUAUGACACGAAGCCAGUUGCAUACAUUUAGUUUAGGAGAUGUGAGUGGUAUCUAUCCAUUUACCACCUUACACAAUGUGGCAAAUCUUUGGUUUGUUGUGAGAGCCUUAAGAAAACAGCAGAUCUGUUAUGCUUUUGAUUCAUUGUUUAAUUAAUUCAUAUAAUUCUGUGGUUAGAACUUUACAAAUGGUAUUGGUAUUUACCUUUGGGUUUUAUACUGUUGGUCAGAUAAAACAAGCAAUCUAAAUCAAGCAAUAUCACAUUUGGAGUACCUGUUCUGACCAUUUUUCACUAUUUUCUGAUAUUCCAUUAACUACAUUUAUUAAUCAAAUAAAUAAAUAAAAGGGGGUUUCAGCUGGAGAAAAGUAAUGUGCCACUAGGUGGAACUGUUUUGUUAGAUUAAGUUUUUGCUUCUGUCAAGUGUUUCAUUUUACCCAUAAUGCAUUGGCCGCUUAGUCAGCAGUCUUACCUUAGUCACUACUAAAUGAGCUCUAUGCAAUAUACAAAGUAAGACUCAGGGCUGCAGAUCAAACUUUUUUUUGCCAUAUUUUGAAGUUACAUACACCUAAUUAUGAAAGUAAUUGUUGACCAGUAAAGGUAGUGCUUGAAAACCAAAUAUUAUGUUGUUGCGAAAAUCCUCGCCAGGUUUACCCGUGGUCGAAUAAACCACGCUUUCCAUGGUGCUCCGUUUAGAUGUGAAAUAUGCUCCAACUUUGCUCCCGUUAACCUGAUGAUGCUGAAAACAAGCGUGUGGUGUUUUUUUUUUUUGUGAUCCUAAAAGAAAAUGUGAUGUAUAUUGAACGUGUUUAUCCUCAGCUGGACUGAGAUGAAUGAUGCUGAGAAUUAAUUGUUUAGCUGUCAGCUGUGAAGCUCAUGCCUUUAGGGUUGCAAACAUAAUUACUGAGCUACAUGCAACACUGGGCUAUUUCCAAACCACUUAAAAAUCUUUUGCUUGGCGUGCUUUUGUAAUGGAUGUUUUUACACAUAGAGCACAGGUAUCUGCUGCAUUUACCUAAAAACUCAACUAUGUUUGUCUUGUACUGUUGUUGCUUGUGGUCCCAUACUGUACUGUAUCUAUGGUAAUAAACUACCAUGAGUCCA